UCUCCCCCCCUGUCGGCCAGCUGAUAUCUCUCUUCAAGAGCGGCGAGGCUGCGUCGUCUGACACCAACAGUACGUCGCCACACCGCUUCAUUGUUUUUCCCGCCCUGGAAGAGUGGCGGACACAAGACAGCCUGGGCAGAACUCCUUGCGAUUCAUUUUUCCUGGGACGGGAGGGGAGACGAAGGGAGGGACUGGAGACUAGGACCACCUUGGUGACGGACACAUUUUGGAGGUUUUUGUUGCCUGUGACAGGGUUAGAGCAGGACAACGUUCAGGUUUGGGGGACAAGACAGGUGGUGCCAUGGCGUCGUUGGACAAGACCGUCUGGAGUGCGCCAAGGCUGCUAGUUGCACUGCUGCUGGGUGUACUUCGGGUGAAUGGGUUGGAGGUGUCGACCGGAAAAGUGUCAACAGUCGAAGCGAUGAACGGCUCCACGGUGCUGAUACUAUGCACAUACAACUCCUGCAUUGGCAUUAGAGACCUCUUCUUCACCUGGCACUUCAACGGGACCGUCAAACUCUGCGAAGGGAGGAUUCCUAAAGAGGGUGUGGAACCCAAGGUGAAAGUGGAGCACAAGCGAGUAGAAUUUGUGGGCUCUACAAAAUCCAAAAAUAUCUCCAUCCUGCUGUGGAACAUCACCUUCGACGAUGACGGGGAGUACACCUGUUUUGCCAAAAAUCCAAAAGAGAAGGGCCGCAACCACAGCGCCAUAUUCACUCUCAAAGUGGUAAACGAAAUGCAAGAGGUCGACAAUACUUUGACGACGAUCAUCGUCUCCGUGUUGGGCGGAGUCAUCGGCUUAGCUAUCAUCGCCAUGGUGAUAAAGGCCCUGGUGGUUCACUUCCUGCUGAAGGGCGACGAGAAGAAUAAAGAGUGCCUGGUUAACGCCUCAGGGAACGACAACACAGAAAAUGGACUUACAGGAGCCAAAGCUGACAACAAAGGAACACCAAAGGCAUGAGCAAAAAACCCCGCAUUUACGUCUGUAUGUUUGUAUAUAUGUUAUAAUGAAUGGACUGUUGCUAACUAGUACACCGUGCAAAUGCAUCGUUAAAAAUCAUUGCUUGGAAUUGAAGAAGUAUGCAGAAGGCUGAGUAACUCUAGCCAACAUGGCAGCCUAUUUGACGCCAUCUUCCCAGCCUGUAUGCUCAAAUUCUGCUUCUCGUUUCACAGCAACUUCCCCGUGCUAUUCAUAAGUAUAAUAUCGAUCAGGCACUAAUGGGUUCUCCCUAUUUAGACACCUGGAUACACUAGAGGAAAUAUGCUCACUUUGAUGCCACAAUGUUCGCAUUAAGAUGUCCAACUCUUCAUUUUAAUUGAAAAAAUGUAUGCUGUUUUUCAAAAAUAAUUUGUUAUCCUUUCAGUAUAUCUUCGGUGUAAUUUUCACCAUCAUUUUUGUUGUGUUAUUCCGAAGAAAGGUCAAAUUAUUUCACGGCAGUUAUACCACAAUACCCUAAAGCCAAACAGGACAUACAGUAUAAGUCCUUCAUUUUUUUUAAAGGGCAUAAAACAUUUUGGAUUCAUAUUUUCGUUUACUUUUUUCUCUCAUUCAAAUUCAACCCUAAAUAAAAAUACAAAGCACGUAAUUUUUUUUUAAUUUUACCCUUUGACCUUUUCACAGUCACCGUUUUCACUGAGUAUACAAUUGCAUAACAUGAGUUAUUUUACUCAUUUAAAACCUGUGACAUUAUCUGAUCAAAAGGCCUUUAAAAGGGUCAAAACUAAAAAAAAAAAAAAAAAGAAAAUGGCUCAAAAUAAAAAUAAUUAAAUGUUUUAUGUUUUGCUAUAGUGCUGUCGUUAUUGAGAAAUUUUAGCAAAAAAAAUACAUAAUUUAGAAAAAAUGUUACACCCUUUAAAAAUGAAGGACCUUUAUGUCCUGUUUGGCUUUGAAGAUAAUUAGAAUCAAAUGUCCACAGAUGGUUAUAGUUCUUAACUCUCACUUAAACAUAAACAAACUAAAAUUCUAAGUGAAUAAAUAAUAAAUAAUGUUUUUUUAAAUAAACUGUCAAUAAAAUUAAAAGUGCAAAUUAAAUACAGCUUUAUCAUGUUAGUCAUAAUUCUUGCGCUUAAGAAACUUCUCUAUGACUUUAGCAGCAGACUCAUUUUGUAUGAUAUUGUCGUUACUCCCACAAGUGGUGGAAAAGUGUACUACGACUAGUCCUGUCUGGCUUUGAAGAUUGGUAGAUUCAAAUUUCUUAGCAGUCGCUUAAAAAUAAAUAAAUAAGUAAACUGAAAUUAUAACUAAACUAAUAAAAAAUAAUGAUCAUAUGUAUGUUUCUUAACUCAACUGUCAAUAAAAUUAAAGUGCAACUGAAAAUACAGCUUUGCCACAUUAGUCAUAAUUCUUGCGCUUAAGAAACCUGUCUAUGACUAAAGCUCCAGACUUCUUCUGUUUGUUUGAUAUUGUUGUUACUGCCACAAGUGGUGUAAAACUGUACUACAACCGAGUCAUGUUUGGCUUUGAAAGUAAUUAGAUUCAAAUGUCUCCAUAUGGUUAAAAUUCUCAAUUUUUCUAACUAAAUUAAUAAUAAAUAAUAAAGCAGUUUUUCUAAACUGUCAACAAGAUUAAAGUGCAAAUCAUAAUACAGCUUCACCCACAUUAGUCAUAAUUAUUGCGCUUCAUUAAACCUCUCUAUGAAUUUAGCUCCAGACUAAAUUGUUUAGUGUUGUCAAUACUGCCACAAGUGGUGGAAAAGUGUAUUACAACAGGCGGCCUAAAAUUGGUUGAGAAACACUGUAAUUUGUAUGUUGUUUUUCCAAGUAAUGUUGAUUUUUGGCAACGUAACCUUUAAGACUCGGGAUGCGGCCAAAAUAAAAAUUGUCGAAAACCGGGGGAAAAAACAAGUCCAAAAU